UCUUCCGCAGGCAGUCGUGGACCGGACACUCGUACUCUCCGCUGGACAACCAGGCGUUAGGACCCACGCUGGGGGAGAUCAUGAAGCCCGACACCCCCACCAUGUCUCUGAGGAAGAAGAUGAGAGCGUCAGCCUCCAGUCUGACCAAACUGUUCACCAGGUCUAAGGAGGAUGUGAGCAAAGGAGGGCCAAUAGUGAAAGGCUCAGCUCCGACCCCUCCUGAGAGGAAGCGCAGCUCUGGGCUGGAGAGUCCAAAAAAGAGAGCCUCCAAACUCCUGCCUUCUUUUAAAAUACCUGCUUUUAAAAAGAACAAAGAUCUGCUGGUUCGUCCAAACAAAGCUGAAGUGUUCCAGUUAGACGGAGGUGGCGUCCUGCUGGGCUGGAAGCCAGUUCAGACCAGUGACCCCGUCACCUACUGUGUGCAGUACUGCACAGAGGGGCGGGAGUGGACGGUGCUGUCGGAGGAGGUGACGGAGAGCUGCCUGGUGGUGAAGGAUUUACCGAGAGGAGCCUCCUAUGUGUUCAGAGUCGGCUGUAUCACAAAGACCGGAGCCGGACCCUUCAGUGACGCCUCAGCUCCCGUCGUCAUGCCAACGCACCCUGAAGAGAUUCACAUUCCUCUCAUCCAGACGGAGACUCUGGGGUCAAAGGUCACCGGGUCAGAACGACAGACGACACACAAGAACUACAACUUCCUGUCUGAGAUCAACAGGGGGCGUUUCAGCGUCCUCUCCCUCUGCAGAGACGUGGAGACCAGCCAGGUGUUCGUGGCUAAGGUCACUCCGUACCAGGCGGAGCAGCGUCUGCUGGUGCUGAGGGAGUACCAGCUGCUGAGGAGGCUGCACCACCCCCACCUGCUGCAGCUGCACAGCGCCUUCCUCACCCCCCAGACCCUGGUGCUGGUGCAGGAGCUCUGCCCCGGCAAGGAGCUGCUCUACAGC